AUGACAGAGCUACUGUCUGAGACCUCCCCAGCCUUGCUGUGGACGGGGAAGGUUGGCGAUGCGUCUGCGUUCCGUGUCUGGGGAUCUCGGGCGUUUGUCCGCGACUUGUCUGCGGACAAGCUGUCCCCUCGUGCUGCUCCUUGCGUCUUCCUUGGCUUCCCCCCUGACGCGCCAGGGUGGCAGUUCUACCACCCCACCUCUCGCCGUGUUCUGUCCUCCCAGGACGUCACGUUUGACGAGUCGGUCCCCUACUACCGCCUCUUCCCCUACCGCACUCCGUCCCUCCCCCCGCCACCGCUCUUCCUUGUACCAGGUCCCCCCCCGGUAGACCCCCUCCCCCCUCAGGGUCCUGCCCCUUCAGGUGUGUCCCAGGUAGACGCAGUCGAGCCUGUCGAGGUUACUGGUGACUCUGGUGCUGCUGAGGGUGCUGAGCCUGGGGGUGCUGACUCUGGGGGUGCUGAGCGUGUGGGUGCUACGCCUGGGGGUGCUGAGCCGGAGGGUGCUACUACUGGGGGUCCUGAGCCUGGGGGUGCUGAGCCUGGGGGUGCUACGCCUGGGGGUGCUGAGCCUGGGGGUGCGGAGCCUGAGGGAGCUGGGCCUGCUCGUGUGGCGUCUGGCGGUGCUGAGCCUGGAGGUUCUCCGGGUGCUUCGUCUCGGCGGGAGCCACUCUCUCCACAGGAGCUGCGCGAGUGGUUUGCCCGGCGCUGGAGGCAUGCUGCUGGAGCUGGAGGUUCUUCGGCUGCUGAGGGUGCUGGUGCCGUGGGUCCCGGAGGUGCUCGUACUGGGAGUACUGGAGCUGCUGGGCCUGCGGGUACGACUGGAGCUGGAGCUGCUGAGGGUGUUGGCGCUGAGGCUACUACUGUCGGUCCUGGAGGCGGUCCUGCUGGGGGUACUACUGGUGCGGCUGGAGGUCCUGGAGCUGGAGGUGCUGCUGGCGCUGGUGCUGCCGCUGGGGGUACUGGUGCUGUCCCUGCUGUGUCUGGAGUCGCCGCGCGGCCUCGGCCGUACUUCGUUCCGCUCCUUCAGCAGGUUCUUGGUCUCCCGCCUUCUACUGGUCCUCCUCCUCCCUUAGAGUGUCCACAGCCUGUCCCGUCACAGUUCCAGUUACAGCCGGCCUCCCCACUGCCCGCUCCCUCUCCCUACACUGGUCCUACUGGAGGUCUUGCUGAGCGUCGUGAGCCUGCGUCCCGCCCUGCGUCGCCUGUCCGUGCUGCUCGCACUAGUGGUCGUGGUUCGCGUCAGCGUCCUCCUCCUGUCCCUGGCACACACCGGAUGUCUCUGCGUCCGUCCACUGCUCCUCUGCGUGCCCCUUUGCCGUCUCCUCCUGAGUCCUCUCUUCCUGCUCUUCCCGACCCGGAGUCGGACUCUCUUCGUGCUGCCAGUCCUACUGUCACGCGUCUCCUUGCUACUGUUGUCACUGACCCUUCCUUUGAGUCCACUGCUGCGUCUGCCCUAGUUACUGAGCUCGUCGACUUUGCUGCUCGCUGUCGUCUAGACUACGCUGCUAGUCUUGUUGCUGAGUCUGUCUGUCCUCCGUCCGUCGGGGGUGAGUGUGCCCUUGGCACGGACGUCCUUGAGGACAGGCAAGAGGAGUUCCAGUGUUUGGCUGCUGCUUCACCUCAUCUCGUGUCCGUACUGCUUACCCCUGAGGGAGACCCGGAUGCACUUGACAUCCCGACUCCGCGCUCUUACGCGGAGGCGAUAGAGGGUCCCUACUCCUCUCAGUGGCAGGCAGCUAUGGACGCAGAGAUGGCUUCCUGGAAGUCCACAGGCACCUACGUCGACGAGGUUCCCCCGCCUGGGGCGAACAUCGUCAGUGGCAUGUGGAUUUUCAGGGUGAAGCGGCCGCCGGGUUCUCCGCCUGUCUUCAAGGCGCGUUACGUGGCUCGUGGCUUUAGUCAGCGGCAGGGAGUUGACUACUUUCAGACCUUCUCUCCCACCCCGAAGAUGACCACUCUUCGGGUACUGCUGCACGUAGCUGCUCACCGCGACUACGAGCUGCACUCUCUUGACUUCAGCACUGCUUUCUUGCAGGGUAGCCUGCACGAGGAGAUCUGGCUGCGUCGCCCACCUGGCUUCACUGGGUCUUUUCCUCCUGGCACCCAGUGGAGCCUCCGGCGGCCAGUCUACGGUCUCCGCCAGGCACCGCGUGAGUGGCACGACACACUGAGGACUACACUUGCGGCUCUUGGGUUUGCUCCCUCUACUGCCGACCCGUCGCUGUUUCUGCGCACCGACACUUCUUUGCCGCCGUUCUACAUCCUCGUGUACGUCGACGACUUGGUCUUUGCCACAGCUGACACUGCUGGACUCGCCCACGUGAAGUCCGAGCUGCAGAAGAGACACACGUGCACAGACCUGGGUGAACUGCGCAGCUACCUUGGCUUGCAGAUCACCCGGGACAGAGCACGCCGCACCAUUACCCUGACUCAGUCACACAUGGUGCAGCAGGUCCUUCAGCGCUUCGGCUUCACGUACUCCUCGCCUCAGGCCACUCCUCUGCCUACUCGCCACUCGCUCUCAGCUCUGCCUUCGGAUGAGUCCGUAGAGUCGAGUGGCCCGUACCCAGAGCUUGUUGGCUGCCUCAUGUACCUGAUGACCUGCACACGACCUGACCUUGCAUACCCUCUUAGCAUUCUCGCACGCUAUGUUGCUCCUGGGAGACACAGACCGGAGCACAUGGCUGCAGCGAAGAGGGUGUUGCGCUACUUGUGCAGUACGUCGGGCAUGGGGCUUGUGCUUGGAGGGCAGAGUCCAGUGGUCCUCACUGGGCACGCAGACGCUUCUUGGGCUGACGACCAGGCUACACAGCGGUCGUCACAGGGUUACACCUUCAGCCUUGGUUCCGGAGCUUCGCUGGCUCACCUACCUGCUGACUGA